AUGGCUAUUCUAAGUGAUACAAAAGGCCUUUCACCAGGCUCACAUUCAAAGGUACUCGUCCGUUGUGAUGUCAAUGCAUCGGAGAAGUGUCGUGGAAACUAUGAGAUGCUAUAUAAGGAUACAGUGCGUUGCCGUGUCAAUAAUGAAGGAAAGAUUGUGUGUCUUUACUGUGACACAACCAACAACAACAACAUUGACAAUAUCUUGACAUCGAUCGACUCUGAAGCCAAGGCCUACCUCCUCGGCUGGAUCGCCAGCAAUGCCUCCACUCUUCAAACUGGAUCAAUCACAAUCACAAUGGACAAGAAUGAUCAGUGCACAUUGGAGAUGUUGCGUGAUAUCGUCUGUCCAGAGAUUGUCAUCGCAUCCGAUGUAAUGAGCGUCACUUUCGAGUCUGCUCAGAUGACCGCGGACGUCACUCGUCACCUCCAGCUUGGCGCAGAGUGUGCCUCCAAGAAUGCCACCGCCAAGCUACCCCAGCUCACAUCAACCCGCUUGACACUGGCAUUUGCUCGUGGCUACUUUGAUGCCGUUGGUACGGUCAACUUUGGCGCCAAUAUCACACCCCGCGUAUCGAUCGUGUCCAACUCACACUCGUUGCUCGAGGCCAUUGGCAAGAGCGUGGACGUCCCCUUUGUCGGCCCCCUGGUGGAGGACUCGACCUCGAUCGAGUGGUCGGGAGUCAACGCUCUGGACUUCCUCGGCAAGAUCUACGACGGCAGCACAUGCCAUCUCGCCCGCAAGUUCAAUCAAUACAUGGACCUUUGUGUCUGGAAUCCCGCCACCGCCCAAACCCAAGACGCAGUCGAGAGAGUCGAUCCAACAUUCGUUGUGAUGAGGACCUCAAAGGACGCAGUCAUCCCUUCAAAGUCACGCGCCAGCGACAGUGGCUACGAUCUUACCAUCAUCAAGGAGGUGAAGCCAUUCGGACCCCUGACAAUGCUGUACGACACAUGCAUCAAGGUGCGCCCACCAGAGGGAUUCUACAUGGACGUUGUGCCACGCUCCUCGCUGAGCAAGUCGGGCUACAUGCUGGCCAACAGUGUCGGUGUGAUUGAUCGCGCCUACGUCGGCUCAAUCAUGAUCGCCUUGAUCAAGGUGGAUCCAGCGGCACCAGACAUCAAGCUUCCAUUCUGCGGCUUCCAGAUGAUCCCCAGACGCAUCAAUCACUUCCAAGUCGUCGAGGUCACCGAGGACAUGUUUGAGGACACUGGUCGCGGCGCUGGUGGCUUUGGUUCCACUGAGGAGAAUGCCCUCAAGAAGCAGCGUCUGGAAAUCAAGACCCCAGACAAUGGCAAACAAUAA